AUGGGGGCUGUUAAUGUUGCGAAGAACAAUACUGGUAAGAAGUCUCCUCAGGAAUUUCCUAUUCUGCAUUUUGAGAAAGAAGUUAUGGGGGAAAUUGGGGGUUGUGCAAAGAUUAUAGAUGAAGAUAUAGCUGAUGAGAUUAAUUACUGGAAUUCUGCCAUUGUUUGCUAUGUUUUAGGAGCUAACCCUCCUAUACAUGUUAUAGAAGGCUUUCUGAAAAGAAUAUGGAAGAAUAAGAAUAUUGAUAGAGUUAGUCUACUAAUUCAUGGAGUAUUUUUGGUCCGUUUUCAUUCGAUUGAGGAUCGGGAUGGUAUUCUUAAAGGUGGUUAUCAAUUAUUUGAUAAGAAGCCUCUUAUAAUGAAGGCUUGGGAUCUAGAUGUUAAAUUCACCAGGGAACAGAUGUGGAAAGUGCUAGUUUGGGUUCAACUCAGACAGCUUGAUUUGAAGUAUUGGGGGGAAAGAUCAAUGGGGAAAAUAGUGAGCACUCUUGGGAGGAUGAUCAAACAAGAUCAAGAUACUAUGAAUAGAGAUAAACUAGAGUUUGCUCGAGUUUUAAUAGAGAUGGAUAUAUCUAAAGGCUUUCCGAACUCGCUCAAAUUUGAAGAUGAAAAAGGGAGUCUAGUUUAUCUGGAGGUUUCAUAUGAAUGGAAACCAGAAAAGUGUGCCACUUGUAAUGGAAUAGGCCAUACUAGUAAUGUGUGUAAGAAGGCAAAAGUUGUGGAACAAAUGAAGAAAAUAUGGAAGCCGAACGAGGUGACAGAAACAGUGAAAAAUCCUCCUGAGAAAGAAACAGAGGAAGAUCAGGGAUUUAAAAAAGUGAAAGGCAAAAAGGUGGUGAUAGCAAGGCCAUCUCAAGUUAAUACAAGUAAUGCUUUUGAAGUUCUUGAAGAGAUUUUGAUUCAAGAAGAACAAGUGGGCAAAGUUCUUUGUGAGAUGCAGUCCAUUAUUGAUGGAGGGGGAGAUCCUCCACCAAUAAAUGAAUAA